ACAGCCGCGAGCGAGCGGAGGAAAUUCCCCGCUUUGUUUUUGUUCGCUCGCUUCAUCUGGUGACCGUUUUUCCUCUUUCGGGUCGAGUCAGGGGGUUGUUGUUGGUAUUUUUGCUGGGAGGGGGGAAGGAGGAGGAAGUGAAACUUUCAGGCCGGGGUCCGAGUCAUCCCCGAGGUGCUGCGAUGCUCAACUUGAAAGGAGGCCUUCUCCCGGCCCGCCGUCAUCCCGUGACGAAUCGCCGCACGUGAAGCCAUCCGACCGCUCCUUUGCGGGCUUGACGCUCACGUGACUUUCUCGGCGCUCAAAUAGCGCGGCGGGAAGGCCGGCGGCCGACACGCCUUGGAGUCGGCGCCAUGGAGCUCCGCGCCCUGCUCGCCUUUGGGAGCCUGCUGGCCGUCUGCGGCGGCCUGCCGCCCAUCAGCCGCGACUACAACACACGCUGCGGCUGCCUGCGGAUGGAGACCAGGAUCAUCCCGCCGGACAGUUUGCGCAGCAUCAAGUUGGUCCCCGAGGGGCCGCACUGCACGCAGACCGAGAUCAUAGCCACCCUGGUGAGCGGCGAGCGCGUCUGCCUGCACCCUCAGUCGUGGUGGGUGAAGAAGCUGGUUCACUUCGUCCUCGAGAAGCAGCUCCAUCGGCGGGCCGCCGUGAUUUCCCGGAGGCCGGCGUGAGGGCCGGCUUGCUUUUGUGAAGAUCGACGCGACUCAUCAAAAGUUAUAUACCAGAAAGCUUGUCAAGCAAAUGUUCCGAUCAGCGGUUUUUAUUCGCCGGCAGUGGCUCAAAU